CCGAAGGAGGAGGAGAAGAAGCAAGCGCAAGGCGAAAGGCGGAAAGCGAAGCGCAGCAGGAGGAGGGGGACAUGGAGAUGUUUGCAGCCACUGUGCGCGCGUGUGUCAGGGUCAGCUGCUGAGCAGCAGGGGGAGGAAUGAGCGUUGCGCAGGCCGAGAUCGGAGUCGAUACGGCAGCUCGAUAGCCAGAGGCAGAGGGAUAGCGAGAGAGUGAGGAAAUUCGAGCGCUCAGGGUCGGGACUAGAUUAGGAGGAGGAGGAUUAAUUUGCGGGUGUAAAAAAUCGCAGAUUUUGCGUGGGCGAAGAAAGUAGAGGAGUAGGAAGGGGAGUAGGAAGAGGAGGAAGGGGAGGAGGAGGAGGAGGAGGAGGAGUGGUAGGAGAAGGAGAGCGCUGCUUGCUCGGCUGCCUUGCUGCGUGCCUGCUGGCCUGCUCUGGUGCCUGCUUCGCUCGCGGCUACAGGGUUCCGUGGCUUAUGCCGCGAGUGGUGAAUGAAUGAAGAAGAAGGCGCAGGGAGCGAGCGAAGAAGGUCGAGCGCAGAAGUAGGACCGGAGGGAGGGAGGGCCAGGGAGGCGAGAGAGAGAGAGAGAGAGGGGAGAAAGAGAAAGCGAGCCGGGUCGUCGAAAUCGUGGAGAAUAAUGCCGGCCUCAGUGCCAUCUGUCGGUGGGCGCUGAGGAACUGACGAAUGCGUGCGAGUUGUCGUCGAGCGCUUCGGUGCGGGGAAGGUCCGGGAGUUUGUUGGGGAGGUGUGGCGUGCACUGCGGAGUGAGUGAGUGAGCGUGUCUGCACGCUGUGCUCUUUUCCGCGUAGCGAGCGAGCGAGCGAGAGAGCCAGAGCCUGAGACGAAGGGAAGACGGGAGUGUUUCGGAGGCAGCAGGCAGACAAACGGACCGGGCUGGGCUUUGUGUCUGUCAAAAGCGCUUGCCUGCUUGUUUCCGCAUGACGAUCUGGACGGCGGUCGAGUUCAGGCAUUGGCGGUGCUGUGCUCUGCUGCUUACGAGAACGAGCUGCUGCUGCUACUGCAAAUGUUGACGAUGAUCUGUAUAUUGUUGUGAUAGAGUGCUGACGAACCCUCGAGGGGCUUCUUCUCGCUUCGAUUUCUCCGAUUUUUUUUAUUAUAUAUUUUCCAUUACCCUCUCGGGACGACCUUGCGGUGCCUGUCUGCGACUGUCCGCUGGCCCGAGCGAGUCUCUUAGGUCUGACAGACAUUAUAAUAAAAAAAAUCGAUGGUUAUUAGAAACGGCCGUUUUUCGGAGGUGAUGGUCGUCGAGGAGACGGAGAUCUUCUCGAUUUGUUGCACCAUUUCUGCGAUAGUGCGAAGCUAGAUUGGCUCAUGAAUCGCGAAUUCGACCAAUUGGUUGACGCACGUUGAUGGACGCUUAGAUGGAUGAGGGAGGAGGUUUGCGGAGCUUCUGCUGAUGCAGAACGGCAAGGAGUCUAUGCAUGUGUACGCCCGGCCGCCAGCUGGUCGUGCCCGCUCGCCUCCCCUUUCUCCCAUCCAUUCGCCCCGCCAUCGAUUGGGAAGAACGAGAAGUGGCCGCCAAGCGGGCGGUGGUGGACCGACGAGACCUUAUGUGAUACGCCUCAUAUUUCUGCUGUUCUCCUUCUUAUUGAGGAGGCAUGCAGUCCUUUUACUUGCCCCAGUUAUUUACAUAUCCGGGAUGCUCUUGUACAUGGGAACUUUAUCCCUCGAUUUGCCGUCUUCGGCAGGAGUGGCUCGCGGAUCCGUGUACAGAAGUCCGGAAGUUUUCGAGCACCUGUGGCCUGCAAUGGAGGCCGAUAACGACUCGUCGUUUGGGGUCGAGAAAGCUUGGGAGUAUGCUGCCACAGCAGGGUGGCGCCCUUGCCUAGCACGCGAAUCCGAGGCUGACGGAUUGCCAGAAUCAAAUGGAUACAUCUUAAUUGAGGCAAACGGUGGACUUAAUCAGCAGCGAUCAUCUAUCUGCAAUGCCGUAGCAGUGGCACACCUGUUGAAUGCCACUCUCGUCAUUCCACAUUUCCAUCUCAACAGUGUCUGGCAAGACAAUAGCAAGUUUGGAGAUAUUUAUGAUGAAAAAUUUUUCAUAGAGAGCCUCGCGGAGGACGUUAGGGUGGUGAAGAAGUUACCGGAUGAAGUUCUUGAGCAGUUCGGGAACAUGAGCAAUAUCUACAACUUCAAAGUGAAAGCGUGGACACCGGCUGACUAUUACCUGGAAAAGGUCAAACCGAAGUUACUGGAAGCUGGAGUGGUCAGAUUUUCUCCCUUUGCCAAUCGUCUGGCUUACGAUAAGAUACCUCCUAAAGUCCAACAGAUACGAUGUAAGACGAACUUUGAAGCGCUUAGGUUUGCGAAACCUAUAGCAUCACUGGCAGAUGUUUUGGUGAAGCGAAUGGUAGAAAAGAGUUCCAACACUGGUGGGAAGUACAUUGCUAUACAUUUGAGAUUUGAAGAGGAUAUGGUAGCGUUUUCGUGUUGUAUUUAUGAUGGAGGUGAGCAAGAAAAGAUUGAGAUGGAUGCCGCCCGUGAAAGAGGAUGGAGGGGAAAGUUCACUAGGAAUGGGCGAAUAGUUGAUCCUGCGGCUAACAGGGUGGAUGGCCAAUGUCCCUUGACACCUUUGGAGGUGGGUAUGAUUUUGCGUGGAAUGGGCUUUCGAAAUACAACUCCUAUUUACAUAGCAGCAGGAAAAAUCUACAAAGCAGAGAAGACAAUGCUCCCUUUGCGGCAAAUGUUCCCUUAUCUUCAAACCAAAGAAACUCUUCUUUCUGCUGAAGAGCUUGCACCUUAUAAGAAACAUUCGUCACGAAUGGCUGCUCUUGAUUACACAGUUUGCCUGCAGAGCGAGGUUUUUGUGAGCACUAAAGGAGGGAACUUUCCACAAAUUUUGGUCGGCCACCGGCGUUAUUUAAACAAUGGUCAUUCGAAGACUAUCCGUCCUGACACCCGCAAAUUGGCUGUAUUACUCGACGACCCCAAUAUCAGUUGGGCUGCCUUCUCGGAGCAACUCCGCGCCAUGCGAUUACACGGAGAUAUGAAAGGGCAUGAGCUGCGCAAGUCAAACGCCUCUAUAUAUAAAUUUCCUGCCCCCGAUUGCAUGUGCGAAGAUCCUGUUCUUGAUACGUCACGGGAAACGAACAUGAGGAGAGUUAGGUUACAUCUUUGAAUUAGUAAUAGAAGGAAAUGAAUUCUGUUCAGGUGCUAGUUUCCUGUUUUUAGACAUCUUAGAGCAAUAGUGAUUUAUUCUUUAUCCGAUCCAUGUAAUUUAUAAUUUAUUUGUAGGCAACUAACUUAAGUAGGGGUUCUGUACACAACCAUUUCAUUCGGAGUUGAUGUCAACUCUGCUGUAUGUCUACAAGGAAAUUGAACUGAAAGCUGUAACGAUCAGUGGUGGAAUAAACAGCAUAGCCAACUGCACUUGGUGAGCAUGAGAACAAAUCUAGAGUUCCAUGCCAACGCCAGUUAUUUACUCCUCCGCAAUGGCUUUUUGGCUUGUACAUCGGAUCAAAUUGACUUUUAUAGAGAGGUG